AGACUUUCUCCCUCUAACCAUAUAUACAAGUCUCACUAACUUUGUUCUGCCCACUUUAUUCACAAAGCCUUGAAAGAUCGAUGAUGAGUCACUACAGAAACACCAUCUCUGUUGUUUAUCUCUUGUUUUGUCUCUCCGUCACAUCUGCAUCUGCAAGUUCCGUCAUAAGAAUAACCACUGAUGACUUCAACACCAAUCUACAGCUGGAGGAAGGAGCAGGACCAAUCCCAAACCUGGACGAACCCAACUACUUAGGUACCUAUCAUGGCGAUGGUGUGUCAUCACGUGACCAUAAAGUCUCAGCUUCAAAGACAGCGAAGGGUCUAAGCAAUCGUGCUCCGUCGACUUACGCUCUGAAAAUGGAGUCUUACAUUACGCUCCUCGAGUCAAACAAAGAGAUCUACCAGACUCGUCCCUUUUCGGUUGGUGGAUACAACUGGACGCUUCUUGUGUACCCAAAGGGGAACAAUAAAGAUAAUGGUACAGGGUACGUUUCGUUAUACGUAGAAACACACUCGACGACUCCCAUCCCGGAAGGAGAAGAGAUUUACGCGGAUCUCAGGUUUUACGUCUUCAACAAGAAGGAGAAUCAGUACUUUAGCAUCCAACAUGACGAUGUAUGGCGAUUCAGUGCCUCGGAAAAGACGUGGGGAUUCUCUCAAGUGAUCCCUGUUGAUACUUUCAAAGACCCCCAAAACGGAUACCUCUACGAUGGAGAGCACUGCGAGUUUGGUGUCGACGUCACCAUCCCUACUCUCUUUGAAAAAUCAGAACUUGUAACUAUCACUGAGGAAAUCUCUAACCCGACCUUCACCUGGGCGAUUCCGGGAUACUCCCAGCUGGACAGAAGUAGUUACAGCUCAGAUAGGUUCACCAUGGCAAAUAGAGACUUCUAUAUAGUAGUGUAUCCAAAUGGUGUUUUCGUAGAACAAGAAGUAUUGUCGGUUUUUCUUAGCCUUGAAGGCCCAAGAAUCUCACCCGAUGAGUUUGUUUUAGUUGAAGCCGCAAUUCGAGUUCUUAGCCAACGCCCAUCCAACAACGUCCAAGUGAACAUCAGUACCUUCUACUCACACGGGUUUUCCUAUGGCCAGACUAACUUCAUGCCUCUAGCUGAUCUGAGAGAUCCAUCAAAGGGUUUCCUUGUGAACGAUGUGUUGACCGUUCAAGUCGAACUGUUCGCCUCUUCAGCAACCGAGUACUUGCCUAAUUAGAUUUCUCUAACCAAAUGAACUUGCAGCUCCAUGUUUUUAUUUCGUUAUCAACCGCAUAAAAUAAGAUUCUGUGUUUGCGCUUCAAAUAAAUGUGCUUUUUCUUCAAACUGGAUUAGACCGAACCCAAAUAUAUGCGGAUAUUACGUGAUUCAGACUAGACAUGAGCCAAACGAACCCGAUUGACAUGUCUAAUAUUAUAUCAUAAUUAAAA